UGAUAGAUUGUGAAGAAUGCUAAAUCUGUCCCAUCGAUUAUCGCCGUCUAGUUUGGCAUUUUUAUUUUCAUUAUUACUAUUGUUGUCCAAAUGGUCUGAACAAUCAACAACACACUCAUCAUCGUCAUCAUCAUCAUCCAAAUCAGUGAAAAUUCUUUUGCAAUCAAAAUGGUCGCAAACACCAAUGUAUUUGGAGGUGGCGGAAUUUUUGGCCGAAGAAAAUCCCGAUUUUUAUUGGCAAUAUCUUGAUGAUCUUCAAACCGAAUCGAUGGCAUUGAGUUCGGCUGCUGAAAAUUGGACAACAAUGCAACAACAAUAUCAAUCUAGUUUACGAUUAGCAUCAAAACUUUUACGGUCAGAACCAAAAUUAUCCAUAUUGAAAUUUGCAUUAUCACUGCGAUCGUAUUCACCACGUGUGAUUGCAUUCAAAAAUAUUAUUGAAGACAUUUUUACUUCAACAAAUCAACUUGAAAAAUGUAAUGGCUCAUUCAUAGAGUUGACCAUACCAUCAGUUGUUGAUCGACCAAAAUACGUUUGUAAUAAUGGUGAUGAUAUCAGUCAAGCUAUCGAUAGUAUGAUCAAUCAUGUACAAUCUGAUAAUGUUGGACAGCUUUCACAUCCUGUAGUGUAUUCCGUUGAUCAUAUCUUUCCAGGACGAUAUUCAUCUAUUGAGACAUCACCACAUUCCAUAACAGUAAUAUUGUAUGCAACGAUUGGUUCAAAAUCAUUUUUUCGUCUACAUAAAUUGAUUAAACAACAAAUCGAUCAAGGCAAACCCAUUCGAUACAUAAUUCGUCAUAAUCCACAAUCGACAAAAAUGCAUGUUGCUUUAUCCGGUUAUGGUGUCGAAUUGGCCAUUAAAUCGACCGAAUACAAAGCUCAAGAUGACACACGAGUACGUGGAGAAGUAGUAGAAUCAAGUAAUCCUAUAUGGAAAGAUGACCAAGAACAAUCAAAACCAGAUGAAGUGGCUGGGUUUAUAUUCUCGAAAUUGAAAGCAAACAAUGCUGCCUUAUCCGACAAACUGAAUGAAUUUCGUAACCAUCUAAUGGAUCAAGAAAAAGAGAUUGCUACAUUAAAAGUUUGGGAAUUACAAGAAAUCAGUCUGCAAGCAGUGACAAAAGUUCUUUCCGUACAAAAAGAAAAAGCACUAUCCGUAUUACGUGAUAUAUCACAGAAUUUCCCAAGUGUAGCACGAUCAUUGGUCAAAAUACAUGUUGAACCGGAAUUGAAACGUGAAAUUGCGUGGAAUCAGAAUCAUUUUUAUCAAAAUCUUAAUCUAGCUACAUCGGAUACAGCUUUAUUCAUCAAUGGUCUCUAUCAUGAUAUCGAUUCUGUGGAUGUAUUCACAUUGUUGGACACAAUGAAAAACGAAUAUUACACCGUAUCAAAAUUACACACCUUAUUGAAUGGUGAUCAUGAUCGAAUAAAAAAAUUGGAUGCUUCAUGGGAACGUGGCCAGCAACAACAACAACAAUUAGAUUUCCAGAUGGAUAUUCGUGAUUCAUCUGUUCUCUAUAUUAAUGAUAUUGAAAAAGAUCGUAUGUAUAAAAGUUGGCCUAGUUCACUGCAAGAAAUGUUACGUCCAACAUAUCCAGGAAUACUGCGUAAUAUUCGUCGUAAUAUGUAUCAUUUGGUAUUGAUUAUUGACCCUAGUCGUAAGGAAUCAUUCGAUAUGCUAAAGAUGGCCGAAUCAUUUUACAUACACAAGGCUCCUGUUCGCAUUGGUUUAAUUUUCGAUGUGAAUGACAAUCAAACCAUAACUGGUUAUCGAAAUGCUGGUAUUGCAUGUCUUGAAGCUUAUAAUUAUAUUUCACAACAGAAAACUCCAUAUGAAGCAUUAUCAUUCGUUACCGAUGUUAUAGCCUAUGCUACAUCACAAGGUGUUCGUGACCUAGAACCAGAUGAUAUUGUCAAUCAUUUCAAAUCGAAAAUUUCCAAAUCUGAAGCCGAUGAUGUUUUUGGUGCCGAUUCAAGCUAUGACAUUGGAAGAAAGUUAUCCCGUGAUUUUCUUGAUCGUACCGGUUUGGAACAUGGACCAAAAGCAAUGAUGAAUGGUGUUCUACUCAAAGAAUCACAUCUACAGGCUGAUUAUUUCGAAGAAGCAGUGCUUAGCGAAAUUAUGCGUCAAAGUUCACAAUUUCAAAAAGCAAUCUACAAAGCUGAACUAACCGAUGAAGAUGAUGUUCUUGAAUGGCUAAUGUCAAAGAAAACUGUGAUGACACGAUUGAAUCGUGUAAUUUUUGGUCUCGAUCAUUCGAAUCAAAAACGAAUGGAAACAUCCAAAUACUUGGAUCUCACAUCGGGUCAUCAAUUACCGAAACAAGAUGAUGGAAGCGCAUAUUUUAUGGCCAACAUUAACGAUUUACAGGCAACGAUUCUUUCACAAUUAAAAUACAUAAAUAGUAAAAAAGAUUGCAAUCCAGUUACCGUUUGGUUGGCAUCAGAUUUUCUUACAUUCGAUUCUCGGCAAAUACUUCGUGCCGGUCUCAAUCAUCUGCGAGAAAAUAGUCGUUAUAUGCGUUUAUCAUUGAUUUAUGUCAAUCAUAAUCCUGUAACCCGAGUUUUGGAAUCAGCAUUAAGUACCAUUUCAAGUCCAUCACAAUUAUUAUCAUUCUUGAAUAAAGUUGCUGUUAUGGAUUAUCAAGAUUGGGAUGCAAAUAUUGAACAAAUUGGUCAACUUAUUUCAGAUGAAUAUCGAAAAGCAUUCUAUGAACGUCAUUCAUUGCUUAAAGCAAAUCCUAAUUCCUCACCAUUCCCUCUACAUCAGGCAAUUGCAUCUCGAUUAUUUGGCAUAUCUUCAUCGGAUAAUUUUGCUCUAAUAUUGAAUGGUAAAAUAUUCAAAGUACCCGUACUUCUAUCAUCAUCAUCAUCAUCAUCGACAGAUCAUGAUCAUGGUGGUCACAAACUUGCAUUCAAUGAAGAUGAUUUCACACUAAUGGAACGAUAUGCGCAGAAUUUUUGGUCAGAAAAAAUUCUAAACACACUGAAUAAUGACGAACGUAAUGCCGGAACACGAAAAUGUUCAGAUCUAGUUUUGCGUAUUUGUUCUGUAUUAUUGUCGAAAUCAUCGUCGACAAAUAGUGCUUCAUAUAAACAAAGAUAUGAAAUAAACAAUGUUCAUGAUGAACAUAGUGUUUUGGUGCUCGAACCUCGACAUCCGUCGCAACCAUUCAUCGAAUUGACAGCCAUAUUAGAUCCAUUGACUAGAGGCGCGCAGAAAAUUUCACCAAUUUUGGCCACCUUUUAUGAAGUGUUUAAUGCCCGAGUAAAGAUUCAUUUCAAUGCUGUGGAAAAACAUUCUGAUAUGCCAUUGAAAUCAUUCUAUCGUUUUGUUUUGGAUCAAGAACCUCGAUUUGUUUCUGCUAGUGGAUCGAUUAUAAAUCCAGUAGCAUUGUUUAAAUCGAUGCCAAAAACACCAUUGUUCACUGUUGGUAUGUCUGUGCCUGAAAAUUGGAUGGUCGAAGCUGUUGAAGCAAUUUAUGAUUUGGAUAAUAUUCAUCUCGCACAAGUGGAUUCCAACAUUGUUGGUGCCGUAUUUGAACUGGAACAUUUAUUAGUGGAAGGUCAUUGUUUUGAACAAUCGUCUGGCAGUCCACCAAGAGGAUUACAAUUUACACUGGGUACUCAGACUAAACCUACGAUGUACGAUACAAUAGUUAUGGCCAAUCUUGGUUAUUUCCAAUUGAAAGCAUCACCAGGAAUAUGGAUGCUUCGUUUACGUCAAGGUCGAUCGACCGAUAUCUAUACAAUCGUAUCACAUGAUAAUACCGAUCAAGUAGCCAAUACAACCAAAGUCAUACCGAUCGUUAGUUCAUUCCGAUCAUUGGUGAUCAAAAUUCGUGUGAAUAAAAAACCGGGAAAACAAAAUGAAGAACUUUUAUAUGAUUCAGACGACAACUCUUUGGAUGAUCAAAGUGGUGGUGGCUGGUUUUCUGGUUGGAAUUCAGAAAAAUCAACACGCCAAUAUUCAGCUGACAAAGGAGCAAAAGAUUCAUCUGGCGAAGAUGAAGAUUCAAAACGUAUCAAUAUAUUUUCUUUGGCCUCUGGACAUCUUUAUGAACGAUUAUUACGCAUUAUGAUGAUGAGUGUGUUGAAAAACACCAAAACGCCGGUAAAGUUCUGGUUUCUGAAGAAUUAUCUAUCGCCACAAUUCAAACAAGUAUUGCCACAUAUGGCUCGUCAGUAUGAAUUUGAAUAUGAAUUAGUACAAUAUAAAUGGCCUCGUUGGUUGCAUCAACAAACGGAAAAACAACGUAUCAUUUGGGGUUAUAAAAUCUUAUUCCUCGAUGUACUGUUCCCGUUGGAUGUUAAAAAAAUUAUAUUUGUCGAUGCCGAUCAAGUUGUGCGUGCCGAUCUUCGUGAAUUACGUGAUCUCGAUCUAGAAGGUGCACCGUAUGGUUACACACCAUUCUGUGAUUCUCGUAAAGAUAUGGAUGGUUUUCGUUUUUGGAAAUCCGGUUAUUGGGCCACACAUUUACAUGGCCGUAAAUAUCAUAUUAGUGCUUUGUAUGUGGUGGAUUUGCAGAAAUUUCGUCGUAUUGCUGCUGGUGAUCGACUUCGUGGCCAAUAUCAAGGUCUGAGUCAAGAUCCUAAUAGUUUAUCUAACCUUGAUCAAGAUCUGCCUAACAACAUGAUACAUCAGGUGGCUAUUAAAUCACUCCCUCAGGAAUGGCUUUGGUGUGAAACAUGGUGUGAUGAUGAUUCAAAACAACAGGCUAAAACAAUUGAUCUUUGUAAUAAUCCUAAAACGAAAGAACCAAAAUUAACCAGUGCUAGACGUAUUGUUGCCGAAUGGGAAAAUUAUGAUCGUGAAUUGAAGGAAUUUCUCGAACGAUUAAGGCAGAAUUUCAAACAAAAUGAUGAUAAAAUGAAAUAUCCUUCUGAUGGUAAAUCAUCUCAUUCACAUCAAGAGCUAUGAUCAUCAGGGAAGGGUAGAUUUGUAAUUUUUUGUAAAUUCAAAAAAAUUUGAAUCAACUUUAGUAAUUAAAUGUGUGUUACACACACAUAUAUAUUUAAUUUAAUAAAAAUAAAAAUUUUAUUUUGUUUCGAUUA